AUGAGCAGAAUGCGACUGCGCGACAGUAUCCGCGCGCCAGUGCGAUAUGGCGAGGAUGAAUACGAAGCAUCGCGGGUCUCGCUGCGCCAGGGAUGCGAUGACUCCAUUGACGACUCGAUGGAGCUUGGGGAAACAGGUAAACCGCGCCCACAACAGGGGCGCAAGCCAAACACUGUGCCAUUCAAUCCCAACCUGCCACCCGCUGCGUUUCCCACUUUGAACAUACCACAGCCAGGUCGUGGCUCCACCGUCUCAGCGCAUAAUCGCGGUGUUGGUGGCAGCCGGCAGAACGUACACGCAAGCGAAGCUACAUCUGCUUUCCGCAAUGAUAGGUCGGUCCCGUCGCCUCCGUCUGGAAAUGAAGAACUCUCGAUGGACGAUAUCGACAACCACCUCGCCAGUAACAACAUGGACAAUCCGGUGUAUGCGAGGAACGUGAAUUUGGCGCGCAUGAGUGUGGAUGCCUUUCCGGGUUCCGAGGACAUUGACAUGGACAUGGCCACCUCCCCGGAUAGUGAUGACGACCCACUGCCAGAUGCGACUCAGGUGCUCCUUGAUACGAUCCCGAACCCAAAAUGGGGUGAUCUGCACAAGGCUAUGCAAGUCGAGAUCAUCGAAAACAUAAUGAAGUUUCAUAGCUGGAGACGUGUUUGCGACCUUCUUGGGCUUGGGCUAGACGAACGAAGGCAGCUCAUGAUUAACAUAGGCAUCCGCAAUAAACAGAUCGAAAGGGAGAAUGAAAUACUGGAGAAAAUGCGGCACAAACAGCGCAGGGCGCUUAUGAGAAUUGAUAACAGCGACUUGAAGCUUUUCAAGCCGCCACCUCAGUUGGUGCUCAAAAGGAUCACCCGAGAGGCCCAUCAGAACCUGUUGGUCACCGGCUACACGGACCUCUUGAUGUGUCAAUCCCACGAGUUCUUGAAAGCCAGACAGUUCCUGCAUCAGCACGGGCUACCUCGAAGAUAUGCUGGCGAUUGGGGAGACAGCCUGGUGGUGCUUCGAGAAUCCGGGGAGCACUCCCAUGAGCCCGAUGAGUUCGAAUGGAAAGAAAACCUGAGAGUCACUCCACCUCCCGAUGAGACCGAGGACAUAAUCAAUCCUUUCAUGGACCCAGCCAGUAGGGCUAAGAGCCAAUUCAUUCAAAGCAUUGGUAUGCACGGCACAAUAAACCCCAGGGAUUUAAUCAAACGCGACACUGACCCGGCUCCCAUCGUCGACUGGGGAAAGUAUUAUAAACGGAAGCCGGACUUGUCGUGGGACACCACAAAGCACCAGCUAAAUGGAUUGGUCAAGGUGAAGGUCGGUCCACACAACGCGGCACGGAUCCAACAUUGCACGGACGCCGGCGUCGAGCUCCAAGGACUGUCCUCCCAGACACAGGUGACCGCCAUGCCAGGAUCACUUCCGCAGGGGUCCCUACAAGACACACCGUCCAAGGAGCCGCGGAAUGCGAGUCUCGCCCAGCCCUUUUUCAGACGACCUGCUAGACCUUUCAGAAGAGUCCUCACCGACUGGUCUUCGCCAGUUCCCCACCAAUCCGAGAGCCAAUCCAAGUAUCGUCGAGACAUACAGCAGGCUAAGCUUGAGAAACUAGAAGCAAAGGCAGAGGGGCUGCGCCGUCGAUACAACUACCAGCCAAACCUCCAGGUUAAGGGCGUUGGAGUUGGAAUCAGUCCCGCACGUGGAACCAUUCAGAUGAUGCCCCCGAUGCAGCCAGUCGAGGAAGAGACACAUUCGAAAUUAUUCGCCCGGACGCACCGUGGAAUGACAAAUAUGAACAUUGACCGCCUCAUGGAUGAGUUUAUCGAGCUGCCCGAGGAAAGCGAGCCCGAGCUACCUGAUGCGAAGCCAACUUCCACUGAUAUCAGCUCCACCACUGAGGUGUCUAUGGAUGAUGUAAUGCUGGUGCCGACGGAUGGCUGUUCCUCCUCUCCGCAGUAG